AUAAUAGUAUUUAGUCUGUAUCUGUCAUAGAAAGUAAAAUAGAACAUUUAAACGCACGCCGUCAAAACAUUAAAAUGCCUUCUGAAUCAAAACAAGAAGUUGAUAUGAAUAACGAACAACUAAUUACUAAAGUCGGUAGUAACAAUGUCGAUAUCAUCAGGGAAUGGUUAUCAAAGCAACCUCAUUUACCAAAAAUAUCAGACAAGCAAUUGGUGAUAUUUCUAAACUGCUGUAGAUGUAACCUAGAAACUACGAAAAAAAUGAUAGACGCGUAUUAUACUAUGAGAACUCACAAUCCCGACAUGUUUGACAAUAGGAAGAUUUCCGAACUUGAGAAAACUUUCAACAUAUUUUAUUUUCACAAAAUGCCGUUGCUACCAGAUGGCUCCCGAGCAGGAUUUUCGCGUCUACGAGACUUCAACUCAAACCUUUUUAACACGUUAGAUACUAUACGACUUGUAUUCACAAUGUAUGACAUAUGUAUUGAUGAGGAUCCACUGGCGCCUGAAUGGAAAUUCGUAAUGGAUAUGACUGGAUUCUCAAUGGGUCAUUUGACUAAAUUGACUAAUUUGACUCUGAUGAAAAAAUGCUUGACAUACGUGCAAACGGCUUUGCCAAUGCGUUUAACAGCAGUAUACAUGAUAAAUGCUCCACCUUUGGCUAACCAAUUGAUGAUGUUUUUAAAGCCAUUAAUGCACAAGGACUUGUAUUCGAUGAUUUCAAUACACCCAGCGAAUGACAUGGACACUGUUUACAAAUCUAUUCCUAAAGAAUACUUUGCCAGCGAUAUGGGUGGAAAAGCUCCUUCAUUUGAAGCCCAAAAAGACGAAUCACUAAAACGUUUUAAGACGUACGGGAGUUUUUUUGAAGAAGACGAGAAAUUCAACCGUGUAGACGAAAACAAGCGGAUCGAUAAGAAUAAUCGAUUUAAUUCGUCACAUGGGCUUGAAGGAUCGUUUAAAAAACUGGAAUUGGAUUAAGCACUAAUUUUAGUGUUUUUUUUU